UUGAUUUGACACUUAUAUUGGCGCUUUCACAUCCCACGUGUUAGUAUUACUGACUUCCAUACACUUUCAUAGAUACCUUAAAGGCUCAUUUUAAUAAUUAGUUGCAGAAAAAAUACAUGUAAUCUCAAUUAAUGUUAUUUAGUCUUUUAUUUUUUAUAUCUUAUAGUUUUAGUGUUGUUUUUAUAUGCUUGUAGUUUGAGUGUCUGCCAAGAAUAACUGAAACUUUUCCGAAAAAAUCUCGUAAAUUUAGAUAGGCCUUUACCCAAUUAUCAUUUUAAACACAGAAGGAAUCGUUAACAAAUAACUAAACAUUGUGCAAAAACAUAAUAUCAGCCAUAUUGUCAAAUACGUGACUUUUAAUAGUUAUGAACCCAAAAGUUUCCAAAAUGUUGCUAAACACGGUUAAAAAAGGUGGAAAGGAGUGAGAGGGGCAUUCAUUCAAAAUCAGAAAGAAAGAAAAAAUGUAGGUUGUGUUAUUCCAGUUCAAAUCCAGUUGAUGGCAGCAAUGAGCUAGGCGUUACCUUUUACCCGCGAUAAAGACGAAGAAGAUACGUCAUCUUCAUGAGACGUAUUUUUACGGUGUUGUGAGCUAGUUGCUACCUGGCUAACAAGACGUGUUAUUAAAAAUGGCAUCCUCUAAAAAAGGAAAGAAAGCAGUAAAUCAAGAAGAGCUUCGACGGUUGAUGAGAGAGAAACAAAGACAAACCACCGAGAAGAAUCGCAUCGUGUCUCCGUUCGCUAAAUACAACAGUCUCGGUCACCUCAGCUGUGUCCUGUGCAGCGUCCAAGUGAAGUCGGAGCUACUGUGGCCAGCCCAUGUUCUUGGAAAGCAGCAUAAGGAAAAGGUUGCUGAGCUGAAGGCAGCCAAGACUCAACCAGUGGCUGCACCGAGUCAAGCGGUGAAGAGGAAAGCGUCAGACAGCGAAGACGCUAUUGGGAAGAAGGCAAAACCAGCGGCGGUUGAUGGUCAGGCUGCGUCAGGAGUUCCUGGAGAUUUCUUCGAUAAACCCAGCGAUGAAGCUGCUGUCCCUGCUCAAAAGUCUGCAGGACUGAGUCUCUUGGCCGGUGUUUAUGACGGGGAUGAUGAUGAGGAAGAGGAAGCUGAUGAGACGAAUCCACCUGCUCAGAAGACUGAAGUUGCAGGACUACCAUCUGACUUCUUUGACAGCUCCAUCCCAUCCACACCUGCCAUUUCCCAUUCAGGAUCAAUCCUUAAAGCAGACGUGCAGGAAAAGGCCAUUGAGAAGAAGGAUAACACAGCAGAGGCGCUCCCUGAAGGCUUUUUCGACGACCCAGUCAGGGACGCCAAAGUGCGAAACGUGGAUGCACCAAAAGAUCAUAUGGACAAAGAGUGGGAAGAGUUUCAGAAGGAGAUACGACAGGUGAACACCAAAUCAGAGGCCAUCGUGGCGGAGGAUGACGAAGAAGGUCGCAUUGAACGCCAGAUCGAUGAAAUUGAUGAACAAAUUGAGUGUUACAAAAGAGUGGAGCUACUCAGGGAUAAGAGAGAAGUGCUGAAAAGGAAGGUUGUGCACGUGCCUAGUGAACGCAUUCAAACAGAGGAGACUGUUGAAGAUGAUGAGGAGGAUGAAGAAGGGCUCCUGGGGCUUUUGUCUCGAGACUGGAGGGCUAAAGGGGCUCUGGCCUGAAGGAACUUUAUUACUGACUCAACAAUUAUUUUGUUUAAAGAUUUCAGUUCAAGAUUUAUAAAUAGAUUUGAUUUAAAAAUGCUCAUGUUUUUCUAUAACAUUACAGUGAUUAACACAAAGUUGCAAGAUGUGAGUAAAACUCAGAAACAAUAUCAGUUAAUGACCACAAAAUAAAACCAUUUACCAUCUUUAUUGGUGCCCAAACAAAAAACAAUCAUAAAAUCUCAUUUACAGCAACAAUUUACACCAUGAUGGCGGCCAAGGCCCUGACAACAUGAGCUCAAAUAACCAUUGUCCUGCAUAACCUAUUGAUGACAUGUUUAAUGAAAAAAAAAAAGUUCAUGUCACAUCAAAAAUCAACAUUUGCAGAACUAAAUCAUUAAAAUAUUGUGAUUAAGACCAUAAAUUAAGUUUCAACAAGCUGGCCCCCUUAACAAGAUAACCAGUUAAUAAUACAUUUGUACAAAGCACAACAAAGUUUUAUAUUUCUGCGAUGUAGAUAGAUGCACUAUUAAAAUGCAAUAAAAUGUAUUGGAAAUAGUGA